CCAAGUCACGAUCAUUUUUUGGACAAGUGGCUAUUUCACGCUAAUCUCAAGAGAAACUGAUGGAGGGGGUUAUAGCCGUUUGUGGGCAGUGGUUAUUCGAGAAGGAUAAGUGGAUGUUUCACGUUGAUAACAGAAGAGGAAGCAAAGUAAUUCCAGUCAGUGACAAGACAAGCUUUGAAGAUAUGAUUAACAUGGUUUAUGAGGACUACGGAUUAGAUAAGAGACAUGUUAAUAUCGAAUUGAGUUACAUGCUUGGCAGGAAAAGCUUGAUGAAGCUAACUCGUGACACACCCCCAGUUAAAAUUGGGAAUUUUCGACAGUUGCAAGGUUUCUUCCGUCUCCUACAAUCUGACAAAGUUCGUCUAUGCAUAGAGGUCACUUUUAAAGACAACAUGAAGACGAUGAAACAUAUUAACCAGUAUGAUUGUAAUCAUGAUGAAGACUCAGACACUGACGGAGAACGGUUUGACUAUUGCGAUGAUUCAGAUGGUGCGACAUCAGAUGAUGAAGACUUUAUAGCCUACGGAUUAAUUCCAGAAGUAGAUACAAAUAUGAGGAAAGUGUGUACGCCAAAGAUGGGGGUGGGAAGCAAAUCGAAAAAGGCUAAGGCAGUGGCUCCACAUGUUAGGCAGCAACAACUGAAUUCACUAAAUAUUUCUGUUGGCCAAAGUUUUGAGUCCAAGUCUGCUUUACAAACACGACUUAAGAUGUUGACGAUAGUGCAACAGUUUGAUUACGAUGUCGAGUACUCAACACCGAAUCUGUUAGUCGUAAAAUGUUGGGUUGAAGGCUGUAGUUGGAGGCUACGAGCAUCACCGACAAGUGAUACUCCUCGCUUUACUGUACGUGUCUAUGUUUCAGAUCAUACUUGUUCAGUUACAGAGAGAUCAGCUCGUUGCAGACAAGCAACACCAGAUAUUCUCGGAUCUUUAUACACUGAUUUCAUUGGUGGAGUGGAGUCAACCAUUUUGCCAAGUCAUGUGAAGCAGUCCCUUAACAUGUGCUUUGGAAUAAAGAUGGACUACUGGAAAGCUCAUCGGACACUGAUAUGUGCAAGAGAAUUGGUUAGGGGAUCUGCUGAGAGUGGCUACCAGGAAUUACCAGUCUAAUUGCAUCUGAUUAGAGAAGCAAAUCCAGGGACAUUCACUCGCCUUGUAGUAGAUUCUAGUGACAGAUUUAAGUAUCUUUUCAUCGCAUUUGGUGCUAGCAUCAAGGGAUUUCCAUUCAUGAGGAAGGUUGUUGUGGUCGAU